UUUGUUUUUCUGGUUUGAGCUCAAAACAGCAUAAUCGAAUAAAUUUCAAUAUAUAUUUUGUUAUCUUUAAACACAUUAAAGUUCUUACUUAAUUACUUUAGGGUUAACUUAUUAAAAUAGCGAUGUUCUAACUAAAAUAAAUGACAUAUAACCUCUGAAUAUUAUCAAAACAAACACAGGAAUGGCAGCAAAAUUUGACGCCGCUGCUUAUACUUUUCGAAAGAAAUGCCCGUACGUAAGCAAGGAUCUCCUGCGGUGGUUCCCGGGGCACAUGAACAAGGGUUUAAAGCAGAUGCAAAGGAAAUUAAAGUCUGUCGAUUGUGUAAUCGAGGUUCACGACGCAAGGAUACCGUUUACGGGUCGAAAUCCCAUAUUCACAAGCACGCUAACUGGUGCUAAGCCUCAUAUUCUAGUGCUAAAUAAACAGGACUUAACAAUAAGGUCGUUAAUACCGAAAGUAAAAGACCAGCUGAAAAAUGAAGAGGGUGUUCAGAAUGUGGUGUUCACGAAUUCUAAGGACCAGCAUUGUCGAGGAUUGAAGACCUUGCGACCCCUUCUUGUGGAUAUUAUUAAGGCUUCUAACAGAUACAAUCGUAGUGAAGAACUGGAUUACAAUGUAAUGAUAAUCGGAGUGCCGAAUGUUGGUAAAUCUUCACUAAUCAACAUGUUGAGGAGCACGAACAUGAACAUAAGGCAUGCUUUACCUGUUGGAGCUGUUGCUGGGAUCACCCGCAGUCUGAUGACAAAGAUCAAAAUAAACAGUCAUCCGAAAAUAUUCAUGUUUGACACGCCUGGAAUCCUCGAGCCUUCGGUAACAAACAUAGAGAUGGGUUUGAAGCUGGCCCUGUGCGCUUCCCUGCAAGAUCACAUGGUUGGCGAGGAGAUCAUUGCCGACUACCUGCUGUACUGGCUCAACAAACAUGCCAAUUUCAAGUAUGUGGAGUACAUGGGCCUCUCUGAACCCUGCGAUGAUAUUAACAAGGUACUAAUAUCAGGCGCUUUGAAAUUCAAUCGGAUAAGGCGUACCCGAGACUUCGACGGCCGCGUCCGGGACGUGCCUGACGUCACGGAGGUCGCCCGGACAAUGAUACGCGCGUUCCGGACAGGGGAAAUCGGGAAGACUUUAUUGGACAUAGACCUUCUGAAGAGGGUCCGGGAAAAAGCGGAACAGAAUUUAGCGUAGAUUUUUUUAAUAGAUAAUAUGUAGAUAAAUUACCUUAAUAUCGAGGUAUAACGGAUACCGAUUGAUUAUACUGACAAAAUAUAAAUAUACUCCGACCCACCGCGUCGUGCCAGCCACGCUUGUGAUAUCAAAAAGUCUGUAUCCUCAAGAACAAAUAGUAGUUAGCCCGAAGAAUUUCCAAUGAUAUGAGUUUAUGACUCGUGUUAUUCUUUUUUUGUUAUUAUUCUUCUACAAAUUAAGUGUAGCAUGUAAGUGAUGAUGCACUCUAAAAUGGUAACGGGCUAACCAAAAUGGUACGGCAGUUAUAUUAAACCCAUACCCUAAUUGGUUUCUACGCAACAUCGUACCGGAACGCUAAAUCGCUCAUCGUCUUCAUUUUGGUGGUAACUACACUACCAGAUCAAACCAGCGAAAAUUUAUAAAAAAAUUAAAUUCCCAGAUUGCCUCCGACGGCAUCGAACCCUCUCAAUUAAACUCAAAGCUUUCACCGCUGCACCAGGCAGGUCGUCAAUAAUUCAAAACAUCAAUAUCACGUAUUGUCUUGACUCAUAGAGUCACCCGAUAUUCCACAAUUGGUAAGUAACGCAACACCGUCAGAAGCUGGUCAAAUUACGUGCCACUUAUAAUGUUUUUACGGGUGACAGUCGCACUGGUAUCGAAUUUCGUGUUGCCACUGGUAUUAGUAAAAUAUCACUUUCUAAGAGCAAAAUAGUGUAUCGAUUACACAAGUUAGUUUGAUUUACAGUUUGUAUAAUAUUUAUUUUAUUGCCUCGUUGGUUGGUAUGUUCAACUACGGAUCCCGAGGUGUCGGUUCGAAACCCGUGGCGGGCUGAGAAUUUUGUAGUAUUGAGUCUUUCUUUCAAUGAGUAAUCUUUCAUAAAUUUCUUUCAAAAAGGGAACUCAGUACCUCCGUAAGAAACACCAAAGCCACUUCUUAACAUAGCCACUGGGCUGUCACCGCGAAUUACGACCAACUUUUACGAACUCUCAAAAUAUUUUAGUUAAUAUGUUGCUAUUUAAGUUUUAGAAUGUACAUAGGUAGGUAGUAACUAAUUCUAUUGAUGUAGUUGUAAAUACUGUAAAGUUUUGUGAUACCUAGAACUUAGAUAGGACGUUAAUAAAAAAAUGUUUUUAGAA